GUACUGUACAAUGCAUAUCCGCGAAUAUUGCAUAUUCGGCGAGCGUGCAUGCAUGUAAUGGGUAUGUACCUAAUAGGUACUCAUCUUCCAAUCAUUCUUCUAACCGGCGCCAACAUUACCUCGAAUUUUAACUCUGAACGAAAUGGACCGCAGCCUCGACGAAAUUCUCGCUGAGCGCCAGAAGAGCAAGAGAGGCGGCCCACGUAACAAUCGCGGCGGCAGCGGUGCUAGCGGACGGCGCGAGAGGCAGGACUACCCUCGAGAUGGUGUUAGAAAGUCCUUCAGAGAUGACGCUCCUCGAUCUACUGGGGGACAGUCUUUCAGAGAUGACGCUCCCCGAAACCUAGACUCCGAGUGGGUUCACGACAGAUACGACGGCAAUGAUGACCGCCGAUCUACUGGUCCACGACGACAGGCACUCCCUGAUCAGUCUAGAGGCUCUAAGAUCCGAGUCGACAACAUCCACUACGAACUAACUGAAGAUGACCUUGAUGGACUGUUCAAUAAGAUCGGCCCGGUAGAGCGGCUUGAGCUUCGUUAUGAUCGUGCCGGGCGCUCCGAAGGGACGGCAUUCGUCACGUACGAAUCAAACCAAGACGCUUUGCGGGCCAUUCGAGAGUACGAUGGUGCCAAUGCUGCGGGUCAGCCAAUUCGUCUCACUAUGAUGCCCACUGGGCCAACCCCGCGGCGGAAUCCCUUUGACACUGCGGUCAUGCCUAGUCGGCCUCUUUCUGAGCGGAUAAGCCACCCUUCGAACCAGUCUCGUUCGCUCUCUCCAGCUCGCCGGGAGGGCUCCCGAAAGGGUGGUGAUAACUACCGGCCCGGAGGCAGCGGUAGUCGCUCACGCAGCCCUCUGCCCAGCAGACGGCGCGAGGGUGGUAGGAGGCCCGGUGCACGGGGAAGAGGUGGCGGAGACGGGGGAGGAGGCGGAAAUCCCGCCCCGCGGAACGGGCGCGAGGGGCGUCUCAAGAAGACCCAGGAAGAGUUGGAUGCUGAAAUGGAAGACUACUUCGGUAACAGCGGAGCGGGCAAACAGCAGUCUGCGGCCCCGGCUGCCAACGGCGCUGCCAAUGCAGGUGUCGGACGGGAGCCGAUCGAGGAUAUGGAUAUGAUUGAGUGAUGGAUCGGGGAGGAUCAGCCGAUCAGCAUCGGAAUGGCCAGUAUCUAUCGAAUGCGCCCGUGAAUGCGCCCGUGGAGGUGGAGAUUGGAAGAGAAAACAGGCGAGACUGUAUGAAUCAACCUUUAGACAUGCUGUGCUAGAUCGGACAGCAGGUUGAAGGGACAGCCAGUAGAGUCAACCACAUGGACUCUUACCACGGGUAACUCCGAAUACCCCUUAGUCGCCAUGUCGUCGACGCAAGACAUGGCAUCUCCAAUAGCGACAAUAGUAUACACUCUAUAUAGUACACAUUCAUUCGCCUUACAA